AUGCACCGCAUGGCGCUCAUGGCGUUUGUGUUGAGUGGAGUGGAAGGGAUCGACAGAGAGAGGGGAACGGGGAGUGCAGGGGAACGGGGAGUGCAGGGGAACGGGGAGUGCAGGGGAACGGGGAGUGCAGGGGCACGGGGAGUGCAGGGGAACGGGGAGUGCAGGGGAACGGGGAGUGCAGGGGAACGGGGAGUGCAGGGGCACGGGGAGUGCAGGGGAACGGGGAGUGCAGGGGAACGGGGAGUGCAGGGGAACGGGGAGUGCAGGGGAACGGGGAGUGCAGGGGAACGGGGAGUGCAGGGGAACGGGGAGUGCAGGGGAACGGGGAGUGCAGGGGAACGGGGAGUGCAGGGGAACGGGGAGUGCAGGGGAACGGGGAGUGCAGGGGAACGGGGAGUGCAGGGGAACGGGGAGUGCAGGGGAACGGGGAGUGCAGGGGAACGGGGAGUGCAGGGGAACGGGGAGUGCAGGGGAACGGGGAGUGCAGGGGAACGGGGAGUGCAGGGGAACGGGGAGUGCAGGGGAACGGGGAGUGCAGGGGAACGGGGAGUGCAGGGGAACGGGGAGUGCAGGGGAACGGGGAGUGCAGGGGCACGGGGAGUGCAGGGGAACGGGGAGUGCAGGGGCACGGGGAGUGCAGGGGAACGGGGAGUGCAGGGGAACGGGGAGUGCAGGGGCACGGAGAGUGCAGGGGAACGGGGAGUGCAGGGGAACGGGGAGUGCAGGGGAACGGGGAGUGCAGGGGCACGGGGAGUGCAGGGGAACGGGGAGUGCAGGGGCACGGGGAGUGCAGGGGAACGGGGAGUGCAGGGGAACGGGGAGUGCAGGGGCACGGGGAGUGCAGGGGAACGGGGAGUGCAGGGGAACGGGGAGUGCAGGGGAACGGGGAGUGCAGGGGAACGGGGAGUGCAGGGGAACGGGGAGUGCAGGGGAACGGGGAGUGCAGGGGAACGGGGAGUGCAGGGGCACGGGGAGUGCAGGGGAACGGGGAGUGCAGGGGAACGGGGAGUGCAGGGGAACGGGGAGUGCAGGGGAACGGGGAGUGCAGGGGAACGGGGAGUGCAGGGGCACGGGGAGUGCAGGGGAACGGGGAGUGCAGGGGAACGGGGAGUGCAGGGGAACGGGGAGUGCAGGGGCACGGGGAGUGCAGGGGAACGGGGAGUGCAGGGGAACGGGGAGUGCAGGGGCACGGGGAGUGCAGGGGAACGGGGAGUGCAGGGGAACGGGGAGUGCAGGGGAACGGGGAGUGCAGGGGCACGGGGAGUGCAGGGGAACGGGGAGUGCAGGGGCACGGGGAGUGCAGGGGAACGGGGAGUGCAGGGGCACGGGGAGUGCAGGGGCACGGGGAGUGCAGGGGAACGGGGAGUGCAGGGGAACGGGGAGUGCAGGGUAACGGGGAGUGCAGGGGCACGGGGAGUGCAGGGGAACGGGGAGUGCAGGGGAACGGGGAGUGCAGGGGAACGGGGAGUGCAGGGGCACGGGGAGUGCAGGGGAACGGGGAGUGCAGGGGAACGGGGAGUGCAGGGGCACGGGGAGUGCAGGGGAACGGGGAGUGCAGGGGAACGGGGAGUGCAGGGGAACGGGGAGUGCAGGGGCACGGGGAGUGCAGGGGAACGGGGAGUGCAGGGGCACGGGGAGUGCAGGGGAACGGGGAGUGCAGGGGCACGGGGAGUGCAGGGGAACGGGGAGUGCAGGGGCACGGGGAGUGCAGGGGAACGGGGAGUGCAGGGGAACGGGGAGUGCAGGGGCACGGGGAGUGCAGGGGCACGGGGAGUGCAGGGGCACGGGGAGUGCAGGGGAACGGGGAGUGCAGGGGAACGGGGAGUGCAGGGGAACGGGGAGUGCAGGGGCACGGGGAGUGCAGGGGAACGGGGAGUGCAGGGGAACGGGGAGUGCAGGGGAACGGGGAGUGCAGGGGAACGGGGAGUGCAGGGGAACGGGGAGUGCAGGGGAACGGGGAGUGCAGGGGAACGGGGAGUGCAGGGGAACGGGGAGUGCAGGGGCACGGGGAGUGCAGGGGAACGGGGAGUGCAGGGGAACGGGGAGUGCAGGGGAACGGGGAGUGCAGGGGAACGGGGAGUGCAGGGGCACGGGGAGUGCAGGGGAACGGGGAGUGCAGGGGCACGGGGAGUGCAGGGGCACGGGGAGUGCAGGGGCACGGGGAGUGCAGGGGAACGGGGAGUGCAGGGGCACGGGGAGUGCAGGGGCACGGGGAGUGCAGGGGCACGGGGAGUGCAGGGGAACGGGGAGUGCAGGGGAACGGGGAGUGCAGGGGAACGGGGAGUGCAGGGGCACGGGGAGUGCAGGGGAACGGGGAGUGCAGGGGAACGGGGAGUGCAGGGGAACGGGGAGUGCAGGGGAACGGGGAGUGCAGGGGCACGGGGAGUGCAGGGGCACGGGGAGUGCAGGGGCACGGGGAGUGCAGGGGCACGGGGAGUGCAGGGGCACGGGGAGUGCAGGGGAACGGGGAGUGCAGGGGAACGGGGAGUGCAGGGGCACGGGGAGUGCAGGGGCACGGGGAGUGCAGGGGCACGGGGAGUGCAGGGGCACGGGGAGUGCAGGGGAACGGGGAGUGCAGGGGCACGGGGAGUGCAGGGGCACGGGGAGUGCAGGGGAACGGGGAGUGCAGGGGCACGGGGAGUGCAGGGGCACGGGGAGUGCAGGGGCACGGGGAGUGCAGGGGCACGGGGAGUGCAGGGGAACGAGUCGAUCGACGACCACAUGCACCGCAUGGUGCUGAUGGCAAUAGCGGGUGACAUCACGCCGUUAUGCAGAGUGGGUAAGGACAGGAGGAGACGCAAUCUUUUCUUCUCUUCCUUUCCUCCGUCGUGCGGAGUGGGCAAGGAGGAGAAGCAUCAAAUGGAAAAGGAUGCUAUGAGGCAGAUGUGUGCUGCUCUCUUCCCCUCUCCUUUCCAGCAGCAGCAGGCAGACUG